AUGUCCCCGCAUCUUCACGGCACCUACCAGCAAGCCUUUUGCUCCUUGGAGGGAGCCUCUGGCAGCCCGGAGCUCGCCAAAGUAUUCUUUGACACCCUCACAUACAAUCGGUCAGUCUGCUGCGUCCCCCUGACUUCCUCGCACAAAAUCUCGGAGAAGCUCACUUUGAACGAAACUCAAGUCAUUUUCGAAGUCAUCGGACAGAUUGCAGCCGGGGAAAAUAAUUUCACAUUGGGCGACAUCUCCGGCUCUGUGCAAUCUCGAUCAGUUGCAUCGUGCUGGAUCGAAUGCCGACCCGAUUUUAUUUCGCAUAUUCAGUGGCGCAGGAUCCCGGAUGCCAUCAAAGCGGUUGCUGCUGCAGUCCCUGGACCAGUGGACGUCUCAACAAUGAUCCGUGUGGACUCCGAGACAGAUACCAUUAAGCUGAAGGUCCAAUGGAAUCGUGCUUCUAGCGUGGCCAUCCCCAUGUACGAUGUUGCCGGAAAGCUUAUGGAAGUUGAAACGGCAGACCUUCAUGGUCGCCCGCGAAAUAAACAUGUUUCAGUGAUCGCCGUGCCCCUAAAUAUUCCCAUCGUCAAUUUUUGCCCCUCACCUCCAUCCUCCAUGUCUGUGUUUGAACCCGAGAGUGUCCUAGCACAGCUGAGGCCCUAUGCGAAGAAGAAGAACUUUGAGAAGUCAUGGAAAACUGCACCCUCUCGGUUGGUUGAAAACCACUGGAAAGCAUGGAAGCGAGCACGUUCAACUCAGUCACAGUACGCAGAGCAACUCGAAUGGGAAGCUCACAUUGUCGAGUACAUUAAUUUUGUCUAUGAUGAGACGAAAUUGCACGGGAAUUCAAAGAAGGACACGGCACCUUCUCUACGUGGAGAAAUACCACUUCUCGGGCCUCGGUUCAUACCGUCAUCCUAUCUGCACCUUCAGAAGCGCGAUCCUACACCAAACAUCAUUCCGGAAGUUGCUUACCUCAAGCCUGUCAAUGUUGUUCACCCCUUCUAUUAUCCCGAAUUAGCGCGAUGCCCUCAAUGUGAUGCGGAUGACACUGAAUGGUCAGGAUGGACAGCAACAGGUCAUCGUGAGGUUCAUGGUGUCUCUCAAGAGGAGAUGGCACUGGGAUUCCAGCUGCGCUGCACAAAAUGCAAGCAACGCGUUAGUGAAAGUGGUGAUGAUGAAGGCAUGUACUGUUUUUCGACGACGAGUCACCUGUUCUGGGGGAGACAUGAGCACUGGGAGAUUCCAUUGACAAUUCCAUACUGUCUCUGGAGGUGUGCAGUCACACGAGACCUAUUUGAUUUGAUUGUCGAAUUGCGUCCAUCAAUGACAGCAGCGGGUCUCGCCGAGAACAUCAAACAACUCCACUUACUGGAGUAUCAUCGGCAACACAUGAUGUACCUCCAAGCUUACAAGCAACGUCGCAACCAGCCGAAGAGCAUGGUCACUCCACCUCCACUCUGUCGUUUCUCAAAUCCAGCCCGAAUUUCAAUUACAGAUGAUUUGGUGACCGAUAUAUAUGCCAAAUUCAGUGAGACAACACGCCAAAAGGAGUCAGAAGACUACUUACAGACUUUGGCUGCGGUGUGCAUCUCGAUGGACCACACCUUUCGUGUAGCAGGGAAGGCAUCUGUUGUCGACGGCAAGAGGAACCACUUGAAGAUGAUGAAGGGCGGUGUCCUGAGUGUCAUCAAUGAGAAUAAUGAAAUCAUAUCAUGGUGCUUCUGUCAGACUCAGACUGCAGGAGAGAUGGAGGAGCUACUUAUGGGACUCAAACGCUGGCUCGGAAUCCUUGAAGUGUCCGAUCCCGAUAUGGCCAUCGUUGACAACUGUUGUCAGUCACGCAGUGCAAUCGUCAAACCAUUCCCUAACAUACAUGUUGGCUUGGACAUGACUGCGGACAAGCACAAUACGGCCGUUUACUGGAAUCAGAGUGAGCAGGAGCGAAGGCUGGAGGCGGCAUACCAGAAGUGGGCAGAUCAUGGUGGAGUAUGGACUGCUGCAGCAACAAAGGUUCACCUAGAUCAGCUCAGUCAUGUGCGAAAGGGAUGCCUCACACGCCCUCGCCAAGACAUCCGGGCAGAUGGUAGUCACAUCGAGGGAUCACACAAGGGUGCCUCUUCAAGUCCAUUCCUGCGUGCGACUCUCGGCUCUCAUCAUAUCCACCUUGUGAACAGUAUAGCAACAUUUUGGAACUCCCUGCUCACCGAAAACAAGCAGGCCUCAGGUACAGCUUCAAAUCUUCGAAGGAUCCCGGAGCUCCAAAUUGUUGCCAGUGGCGAGACAUUUGGUCUAGUGAACACCAAAAGUGCUGCCAACUACCACAACCUUCUCGAGCUCAAGAACGAACCCGAAGAGGAAUUGUAUGACUUGUCGGCACAAGCCGAGCUCAAUGUCGAGGAGAUGCUUCAACAGAUCGAUGUUAACCCCGAACUUCUUCGGCAGGCUCUAGCUAGUGGCUCGAAGACUCACCUCACUGCUACUGCUACUGGCUCGAAGUCGCAACUCUCUACCUGGUCUGAUACGUCCGAUCUCAAGCAAUCGGAUGUAGCGUGUGUAUGUGGUGCAACAACGUACAGUCUGGCUAGCAUGUCAGACCCCUCCACAUCCACAGCAGUGGUGCUUGCCACGCCAAUCUCUUGUACACCGCCAUCUGAUGUCAUCGACGUCGACUCCGAGCUGCACGUACAGAGUGCGAGAAAGCAAAAAGCAAAAUGGCUGACCUUCAAUGUUGAGAGUGAAGAAGGCUCACCAUCUGUGCCGAAAAACGCUCCUGUGCCCACGGUGGGCAGCUCUUCUCAAGCCGGUAAGCGGAAGGUUGUCGUCGAUGGGCCCAAUGAGGACAAGUGGGCACAGUCAUACUCUGGGCGAAGUCUACAGGAUGCACAUGCUUUGGAGUACAUCAGUGCUGGCAGCAAGCGAGUGAAGUUAAGUGUAAAGGGGUGGAAGUCCGCAUCAUUGGCGGUGCACAAUCCUCAGGUUGAAUCGGGCAAAAUGGCCUCCCCCUCUGGCAGUGGCACUAGUACUAGUACCAAUGGCGUCUCAGCAGGUAUUGUCGACUUUUUCAGUUCAACACGUCGCACGACUGCUGGAGCAGCUUCCAGCAAAAUCCUGGCGAGACAACGGCUGCUGCGCCCUGCACCCGAUUAG